AUGGUUCGACCCGACCAACCUGAAGUUUUGACUGCUGUUGACUCAAUCCAAAAAAAACAACAGAAGACAAGCACCAAAGAGCCAACAGAGAAACAGAAGUCAGUCAAGCCACCAACAGAAAAACAAAGAAACAUAGAAACACAAAAAAUGCAGACAGCUGAUUACUUCAAAAAGAAAAGAUCGAUUGAAUCUUCUUCUAGCCCAGUUAUAAGUAUGCCAGCCUCUGAUAUUCCAUCGUCAACACUACAGAGAGAGCAAGAUUGUUUACCUGAUUGCAGACCUUCAUUAAUGACAGCCGAGAAGCACACUACUACCGGCACUCCAAAAAGACGAACAUUAAGAUCGCCAGGAUCUACAAGGUCAACCCCACAAUUAAGAAGGUCUCCAAGAAUGACACCAAAAUCUCUGCUGAGAACUUCAGGUGACAGUUUCAUCACAUGUGAAACUUAUGAAGACAAUCUACCUGUGCUCCACAAAGCAAAACGGACAUUGGAUUGGCAAAGCACAGCAACAGGGUCUUGUCUCAUCCCAUUAGAGCCAACAUUUGAGGGAUGUCCAGCAUAUCCAGAUUUUAGAAGCACAUCCUCUGCAAUUGGUCAAGGUCUGGAUACAUUGUACGGUUCCUAUGGAUGUUCUACCUGGGGUUGCAAAGACAAAAUGCAGUCUUUAGAAGAAGAGAAUAGAGCUUGUCUGGAUCGCAUUGCUAAACUGGAAGAGGAAAAUCGCCAACUAAGACUUAAAACAGCUGCCUCAGAAUCAAAGAAAUUGAUUGAUGACCUGAAGGCUGUCAUUCUAAGAUGGGAGAACAGGCCAACUGAUGACCUGCAGGGCAGUUUAUUUGGAUCCCCAGCCACAACUGUUUCUAGUAGACCUGUCCUAAUGAGUUCUCCCAUCACCGGUACCACAAGCACGCCCAUGACACCCAUGAUUGUCCAAUGACUCCAAUGACUAGCCAUAUAACCAGCCCAGGAGACAGGAAUAACAGCAGUGUUAUGGCUGAUUCGGCCAUUGAUGACUUCCUCCAACCGGGAGAAGGAAAGGUAUGUUUUCUACACAGUGCAUUAUGUUCGACUGAGCAAUUAGUUCAAAUCUGACCACAGAACUUUUAUUCUAUCUACAUGAUCCAGUUCUAGACUCAUAAAUGAAAUUGUGGUAGCGACAAUGAAAGAAUGGUUGAUAAAAGUGUUCACACCAAAAUGGCACCUAUGGCUUAUGUAUGUUCCUCGGGAGUUAAUGAGAU